AUGAUACACAACCCCCAAGGACAACAACCACCACAGAUGGAAAACUACGAUGGAGGCUACUAUCGACCUCAUAGUCAGCCACAGAUACAACAACAAGUACAACCACAAGCACAGGUACAAGCACAACUAGGGCACCAGCAACCACUGGUCCAGCCUCAGGUCAUACCACCACCGCAUAUACAAUUUCAAGGAAACACUAUUCAAAGCACUUUUCCUGGCACAAUACUGCUGCAACACCAAGUUAACGAUGCAGCUUCGUUUUCAAGUAACCCUAACGCAUACCAAUAUGCUACACCACUGCUGAACUCACCUGAUUAUGGACAAUCAAUAUCGGGAGGACAUUUUGCACCUCUUCCACCGCAUCAUUUAAGACCACCAAUUGGUGGACAAUCCCAACCAGCAGCAGGAUACCAACGUUUUCCUCCUCAGCCACCACCACCACCAGCACCACCAUUGCAACCUUCAACACAAUCACAAGCACCAGCACCACCAGCACCACCAGCACCACCACAACAACAAGAAUAUCAUCGCUAUUUAUCUCAAAGGGGAGAUACAAAAAAUGACCAAUCAUUGCCAUUUCCACCACCAUCGAAUAUAUCCUCCGUUACUUUACCUGCUCGAGCUCAUACGUCGCCACCUCAAACCCAACAACAAUUAUCAGCACAAAUUGCUCCGCCAUCAGCUCAACAAGCACUCACACCGCAACAGCACACACAAUAUCUGCUGCCAAAAACAACUUUGACAUAUAAUGAUAACUCACCCAAAGGAAAGAAACGACAAUUGCAUUCAAACAAGAAUGUUUCAAGGGCUGCAGCAAUGUAUCCUAGGAAAAGGGCACUCACAGCAUGCAAUACAUGUAGAGUGAAGAAAACCAAAUGUGAUAACCGACGACCCAUAUGUGGAGCAUGUGAAAGAUCAGGUGCUACUACUUGUACAUAUAGCUCUGAUGAUCAGAAUCGAGAUUAUUCAAGCUUUGACCCCGCAUCAUUAACAAUAUUGAGCAAAUUGGAUGACAUCAUGAGAGAGAUAAAAAAACCAGAGUUGGAAACGGAAACUCUUGAGAGAAGAGAAGUCAAAAUAAAAAAAGAGAAAAGUGGGGAAGAACUAGAAAAGGAAAAAGAAACAAGAAGAGAGAAAGAUGAAGUGGUUGUGGAAAAGGAGUGUAUUCGACCUGGGUGCUGGGACAUGUCAAUUUCCUCCAUCUUUGAUUGGGAUUCAUUUCGAAAACGGUUCAAAGUUAGUCAGGAAGAUAUCGACAAGGAUAAUAUCGACUUGGUGCGUAGUUACGAUCGAAACGUAUACUUGCGGAAUUUUCAGCAAUUAACUUUGCAAGAGCGGCUUGCAGAGUUUAGCAAGUUGGAGGAAAUAUUGGAUAGCAAUUUCAAGAGCAUUAUCAAUUCAUAUUUUGUCAACUGCUAUUCGAAAGUACCACACUUGGACGUUUUUAACUUUUUUGAACUUAUUGAGAUUUACACAUGGAUCAAAAAUAAACUACCAGGCACCUCCUUUAUGGACUUGGUAAGUGAAGAUAUAACGACCAAGAUUUUCGAACGGCACAAAAGUGAUGUCAAGAUCCCGCACGAGGCUUUAAAGAAGAAGGUCCAGACCUUGCGAAAUUCCAUACCAAUGAUACUACUCAUCUGCGCACUGGGAAUUGUAAGUACGCCCGUGAGUUUGGACAAUUUCAAGAAUUUUAAAAACUCUCUGGAAGAAGCGUUUGCCAGAUUAGGUUGUCUUGGGAGUGAUACAACAUUUGGUAAUGAAGAACAAGAAGAAGCAGAAGCAGAAGCAGAAGCAGAGGUGGAAAAGGGAGAAAUUAUAGAGGAAGGAAGAGAGGGAACAGGUGCUGGGAAAAGAGCAAAAAAGUUUGUUUUUGGGAGACUAAAAAUUGCAUACCUGUUGGUGACUUAUGCCGAGAUGAUUAGGCAAUUGUAUCCUCAUAUAAUGAUGGAGAAUACCGUGACCUCAGUGCAAUAUUACCUUACUUUGAGUCAAUUGUACUUGUUAGCUAAUUGUCCGUUGCUUGCUCAUGAAAAUGUCACUAGAGCUGCCAGGAAUAUUGUUUAUGUUCUACGCAAAGAGGGCCGGUAUGAUCCAAAAACUGGAUACAAAGGAGUCCUUACAGACAAUGUACAACACAAUCAACUAGUUGAUCGACUAUUUUGGCUUUGUCUUAAGCUUGAGUGUGAACUUAAUGUUGAGUUAUCACCAGCAGUUCAACCCUCGGGGAUUGCAGGAAUACUGGGUAUACCAUGUGUGAUACCCGAUUACAAGAAAGAUGCGUAUAGCGAGCAAGUGCAACGAUUGGGCAAAAACUAUGAUGACGAAUAUACCUGGUAUUUCUACUUGACCGAAGUUGCCGUGAGAAAAGUAGACAAUAAAAUGUUUGACGAUUUUUACUCCAUCAACAAUGCUUUUAAGAAUCCAUGGAUCAAGUUUGUCAAGUAUCUCAAUCAGUAUAAUGGUAUAAUCAAUACUUUGCCCAAGGAGAUUCGAGACUUUGUGUUGCAUGAAGUCAAUGUUGACCAGAUAUACCGUCAUAUUAAAAACAAGUACGAUAAUAGUAAGCAAUUUGGGAACGACGACUGUGAUGACAUUUUCGAAAGCUUGGACGAUUUUUUCAUUGAUGAUGAUUUAAUACUUCGGGCACAAUCCGAUUCAAUCAUGUUCAUCAAGACGCGCAUCCUUUUAUCCAAGACACUACUAUUUAGACCAUUGGUUUAUUUAUUCUUGGAAGACCAGAUUCCAUUUGCCGAUGUUCUCGAAGCAAUUGCCACUGUGGUGGGUAACCUUGCGUCGAAUGGAAGUAAUGGUAGUCAGCUUCAGCAAGAAAAUUGCAAUUAUGGCCCAUUCUCGGGUUCUCCGCAUUCAUGCACUGACUCCGUUACUUCUGCUUCUGCCUCAUCUGUUUCAGCACCCUCGUUGCAUGGUUCCAACUGCUUUGAUAUGGAUAUGGAUUUUUUGGGACUUGUCAAUGCGCCACUAUUUUACCAACAAGAACACCCCGAUGAAGAUUUCUCAUCCUUGAUUAAACCUACAGGUAUAGGUUCAAAUACAAAUACAAAUACAAAUACAAAUACAAAUACAAAUACAAAUACAAAUACAAAUACAAAUACAAAUACAAAUACAAAUACAAAUACAAAUACAAAUACAAAUACAAACAUAAACACAGGUACAAGAACGGGUACGACAAAUGAUUCUAACGAAGAUGACGAUCCCUCAUUUGUCAUUACUGAUAUGAAACUAGCCAAGCGGAAGAUUUUGGCGAUAUUGAUCAAGAAUUUGAUUACCUUGCCCAAACUCAACAUUCCCAAGUUGAGCACUCAUCGCCAUCCUGGAAGUUGGUACUUUAUACGCAAUGUUAUUGUUGGGAAUAUAAUACAGUAUCUUUUGUAUAAGAAAAUUCAAGAGAUGUUGGUCCAUGCAGGUGCGAAUCCAGCAAUCCAGCAAUUAAUUGCAACUAAAUUGUCUGCUUUUACAAAGUCCAGUGAUUCUUCUGUUAAUGGAACGCCAAAUAACCCACCAAGUGGGGCACCAUCACUUGAAAAUAUGAUGAAGAUGGUAAUAGAUCAGGACGGGACCAAAGCUUCACUAGAACAUCUGAAGAUUGUGUUGAAUUAUUGGAAGGAUGAGAUGACCGAUUGUGAGGUUUAUGAAAAGUAUAUAGACAAGAUGUUGUGUGAUCUAUAG